AGGAAGCGGAAAUAAGCGUCGAAAACCUUCUGCUACCAGCUAGCUUCGGUCUCACAGGACAGGGCUGUGAGCGACGUUGUACAUACUGUGGGGGUAUCUCUUUAGAGGAAGCUGGGAGAGCGUCAGACACAGCGGGGGUUUUUUGUGUUGCUUUUUACUUGGACAGCUUCGAAACGGAAUAGUACAAGUGGUGCUGUCCUGUGACCUUUAUGUAAGGUCAAAGCCCUACAGGAACGGGUCAUCGACGGGAGGAGAGACUCGGAGAAAAGCUGACGACCACGGAGGCCGGGAUAGCGUGUCGGUUUCGAAACAGAAGAGUAACCACAGCCGAGUUGUUUUGCUGCGAGUCACCAAGACCAUGGAGGCCAUCGCCAAAUACGACUUUAAAGCUACUGCCGACGACGAGCUUAGUUUCAAACGCGGAGAGGUCCUUAAGGUGUUAAAUGAAGAGUGCGAUCAGAACUGGUAUAAAGCAGAACUAAAUGGGAAAGAUGGAUUCAUUCCCAAGAAUUACAUAGAGAUGAAAGCCCAUCCGUGGUUCUUCGGGAAGAUUCCCCGCGCCAAAGCAGAGGAGAUGCUAAACAAACAGAGGCACGACGGGGCUUUUCUCAUCCGAGAGAGCGAGAGUGCGCCAGGAGACUUCUCCCUGUCGGUGAAAUUUGGUAAUGAUGUCCAGCAUUUCAAGGUCCUUCGUGACGGGGCUGGGAAGUAUUUCCUCUGGGUGGUGAAGUUCAACUCGCUCAACGAGCUGGUGGAUUACCACCGCACGACUUCAGUCUCCCGCAAUCAGCAAAUCUUCCUGCGAGACAUAGAGCAGAUCACCCAGCACCCGACGUACGUGCAAGCGCUCUUCGACUUCGACCCGCAGGAGGAAGGCGAGCUGGGUUUCAGACGCGGCGACUUCAUCCAAGUCCUGGACAACUCCGACCCCAACUGGUGGAAAGGAGGCUGCCACGGCCAGACGGGCAUGUUCCCCCGCAACUACGUCACGCCUGUUAAUCGGAACAUGUAAAAAAAAAAAAAAAAAAAAAGGAAAAAAUUCUAAAAGAAAUUUCAGACCAACACAACAGCAACCAUCACCACCAUCAUUAUCAUCAUUGCUCUUGACCUCAUCCUCCCUGCCAUCCAACCUGCAACCAGCCCCACCCCCCUGCCUUUUCCCCCUCCCCCUGCCCCGGCCAUCCCAUGGUGACCAUUAAAAAAAAAGAACACAAAGAAGGCAAAAAACUGAAAAAAAAGAGAGAGAGAGAGAAAACAGGAGUAGAGCUGCCGUAGGCGUAGCUUCGUGGGCGGCAGCAGAGCGGAAUCGACCUCUCUCCGCGCCGAGAAAGGUUCGCCUCCCUGCUGAACGCCUCGGCGAGGACCGAACUGUCUGAGGGAAAUCAAAACGCAGGAGGGAGGGGGAAGAGAGAAAACAAACAAAACAAAAACUAAACUAAAGCCUAGUGCACCAACCGUGAGGAUAACCAAAUGAUUGAACCGCUCCCACAGCUGCUUCUGUCUUCUCAACUUCUUAACAUUCUGCCUGUUUCUGUUCCUUUUCUUUUCUCCUUACUUCUUUGCCGCAUGUUGUUUUUUUUUUUUGUUUGUUUUGUUUUUUAAAGAUCACGUCAAGGAAUCGUCUACCAAUUAAACAUCGUAAGUCGUUUUAAAGAAAAAUGGAGAAAAGGCUAAAAAAAAAAAAAAAAAAAAAAAAAAGUUUUAAA